CAAUUGGCAUCUGGCAAGGCAGGAAAAGUACAUUUGGGUUGCUUAGAAAGUUAGAAGUGUCAGGAAUUUGGAGAUUUUGAUUCUGUUGGGUUGAUGCAAGUUCGUUCAUUUUCAUUUCCCCUUCUGUCGGUUUUAUCAGAGUAGAGAGAUUCGUGGUCGUUGGUUGGGAAAAUGAAGAAGGAAGAAACAGUGAAAUUGAUCAGCGCCGAGGGUUUCGAGUUCGUCAUCGAUAAGAAAGCCGCCAUGGUUUCGCAGACUAUUCGGAACAUGCUUACUUCUCCAGGUAGUUUCGCUGAAACCCAGCAUGGAGAAGUUACCUUCCCGGAGAUAAGUACUAUUAUAUUGGAGAAGAUCUGCCAGUAUUUCUACUGGUCUUUGCAAUUUGCCAGUGGAAAGGAGACUGAGUUCCACAUUGAGCCUGAAUUGUCGUUAGAGUUGAUGAUGGCCGCCAACUAUCUUCACACUUGACUGUCUUGAUUCUACUUUCACUUCUAGGGCAUCAAGCAUUGUAAUUUGGGUAAGUCUGCGUACAUCUAUCCCUCCCCAGACCCCACAUUGGCGGGAUUCUCAUUCACUGUGGCUGCUCUUAUGCUUAAAACUUAAACUGUUUAGCCUACAUAGGACUUCAACUAAGGCUACAAAUUUGUCUUAGUAAACACCUUUCUGUACCCAACUAAUACGUUUGUUGUAAUUGUUUUCUAAAAGAAUUUAGAUUUGCAUAUGUUAGAGAGCAUUGGUUGCUGAUGUCCUUAAGGCUGCGUUUGGAAUCGGUGUAAAAUGUCAUCAGUGUAAACACUGAACCAGAAAGUGAUUGUUACUUUUUUGAAAAUAGUGAUGGGUGAAAGAGUGUAAAGUUUUA